GAUAUUUUGUCACUAUGGUUACAGGCAGCAGAUCCUGAUUGCUGUAUGUCAUGCGGCUCUAAUCGAGAACGGUUUACUGUGCUGGUGUCAGGACCGCCCUUAUGGUACGGAUAAGACUCAAGUCUUCUGGAUCCAUGUGACUUGCAGCAGAGGGAAAACACACUCCAUCUGUGAAGGUAGUGGUUCCAAAAAUAUGAAGAUGGCUUCUGCAGUGCCUGUGAUCGUCUUCACCUCCCCCAACAAUGAUUCUAACAAGACCACCUGUGACACCCUGUACGCCCACCGGGACUACGCCAGGGUCCUCAUUCCUCUGUUCUACUGCGUGGUGUUCCUGGUGGGGCUCCUCGGGAACAGCCUCGCCUUCCAUGUCAUCCGUCCCAAUAUGAAGAAGAUGAACUCCACCACCUUGUACUCUCUCAACCUGGUUGUCUCCGACAUCCUCUUCUCCCUGUCCCUCCCCCUGAGGGUAGUCUACUACGGCCUGGGCUUCCACUGGCCUCUGGGCGAGACCAUGUGCAAGAUCUCAGGAUUCAUCUUCUACAUCAACACCUACUCCGGGGUGAACUUCAUGACCUGCCUCAGCGUGGACCGCUUCAUCGCCGUGGUCCUGCCUCUGCGGUUUGCGCGGCUCAGGAAGGUCAGCAACGUGCGCUACAUCUGCGUGGGCGUGUGGCUGCUCGUCCUGGCGCAGACCCUCCCCCUGUUUGGAAUGCAAAUGACCAACUUGGAGCCCGACGGCUACAUCACCUGCAUGGAGUACCCCAACUUUGAGAAGGUCGACAACGUCGCCACCAUACUUAUCGGCGCCGUCUUCCUGGGCUACGUCAUACCCCUGGUCACCAUCCUCGUGUGCUACUCCGUCCUGUGCUCCAAACUCCACUUCUCGGCCAAGAGCAACCAUCUGACGGAAAAGUCGGGCCGGAGCCGCAAGGCCAUCGGCGUGAUCUGCUGCGUGUCCCUGGUGUUCAUCGUCUGCUUCAGCCCCUACCACAUCGACAUCCUGCAGUACAUGAUCCGCAAGCUGGUGUCGAGCCCCGACUGCGUGGAGUUUACGGCCUUCCAGGUGUCGCUGCACGUCACCGUGUGCCUGAUGAACCUCAACUCCUGUCUGGAUCCCUUCAUCUACUUCUUCGCCUGCAAGGGCUACAAGAGGAAACUCCGGAAGCUGCUGAAGCUGCACGUCAGCAUGUCCUUCUCCAGCGCUGUGAGGACGUCACCCGAAGGCUCCUCCAAGGACGUCCUCGAUGGCAACAAGAUCCAACUCAACAGCUGUACAGUGGGCUCCCCCAUCGAGAGGCUCACAGAGAGGAGGUAUCACCAGGGCGAGUAGAUGGAGCAACCGAGGCACCAAGAGCUGCACAAGAGGCGAGGACCUUUUAAGCUUGAGGCCCGCUUUAAUCAAGGCAAGUCAAACCGUGUCUUGAUUGUCCUUGAACAUUGGAGUGAACUCCCCUGUAAUUUCAGGACUUACGCCAUCUGGAUCCGAGAGAAAUCUAGCUGUUAACAUAAGGACAGUUUGUGCCUCAACAGAGCGACAGAAUGAAAAUCCAGCACUUCCCUUGUUUACAUAUUUAGUUAUUAGUUUUAGUGAAUAUCUCAGGGAAGCAGAGAUCAAGGCAGCGAUGGAACAAAAAAUGACUGAAUCCAAAACGUAAAUGGGAGCGUUUCCUGAGAUGGACGGUCAGUUAAGCAAGUCUUGUUUAAAUUCCUAUGCACCGGAAAAGCUCAAGUACAGUGUGUAAAGAGUGAAGUGAAUGAAUGAAAAUCGAAGGUGUAAUAUUGACAAUAACCUCACAUCUGGUCCCAUACUCAAAGCGUUACUUUUAAGAACUUACGGUAGAGGCCAACACCAGCUUCAAGACAAAAUCACACCCACAACCUCAGUUCUUAUUUUCCGCACAGUGUAAUACCUCAAAAAAGUGUACACUUAUUAUUUCAACAGCCUGCCGACUGAAUUGACCCUAAUUAAUGGGAAAGCACAAUAGAUUUGUCCGUUUUAGUGUUCAUUUUCUUGUUGUAAAAGUUGGUUUGGUCUGUGAUAUCAUUUCAUUUAGUAAAUGUCUUUUUCUUGUGAACAUACUGUAGUUAUGUUUACAUGCAGUGCUAUUCUCCACAAUGUAAAGUGUUUAUUUCCCGAGUUCCACCAAAUGUGCAUAAUAUUUCUCAUUAAACAUUGGCUGAGCUAAUUCUUU